AUGGCUGGCUCUAAGGGAAAGGUCUGCCUUGCCUACUCUGGCGGUCUCGACACGUCGACCAUUCUUGCCUGGCUCAUUGAACAGGAUUACUCCGUCGUCUGCUUUCUUGCCAAUGUCGGUCAGGAGGAGGAUUGGGAUGCCGUCGAGAAGAAGGCUCUUCAGAUUGGUGCUGAGAAGAUGAUCAUCGAGGACAUCACACAAAACUUUGUUGACGAGUUCUGCUGGAAGGCUAUCGCCUGCAAUGCCAUCUACGAGGACCAAUAUCUCCUCGGCACAAGCUUGGCUCGUCCUGCCAUCGCGCGUGCGAUGAUGAAGGCUGCCGCGCGGGAGGGAUGCGAUUACGUCUCUCACGGUUGCACGGGAAAGGGUAACGACCAGGUUCGCUUCGAGCUGGCUUACUACACGAUCAACCCCGCGAUCAAGGUCAUUGCUCCUUGGCGCGAUCCUACCUUCUUCAACCGUUUCCAGGGCCGCAACGAUCUUCUCGAUUACGCUGCCGAGAAGGGCAUCCCCGUCACCUCCACCAAGGCCAAGCCCUACUCUAUGGAUGACAAUCUUGCUCACUGCUCUUACGAGGCGGGCAUGCUCGAGGACCCCAAUGUCACUCCCCCUGAAGACAUGUGGACCAGGACCGAUUCGCCCCUGAAGGCGCCUGAUACACCCCUCGACAUCAGCAUUCACUUCGACAAGGGUCUUCCUGUCAAGGUCGUCACCCCCGAGAAGACUGUCACCGGCUCGCUCGAGCUCUUCAAGCUCCUUAAUGAUCUGGGCAAGCAGCACGGUAUUGGUCGCAUUGACAUCGUUGAGAACCGCUACAUCGGCCUCAAGAGCCGUGGAUGCUACGACUCACCCGCGAUGACUUUGCUUCGCCUGUCACACAUUAGCAUCGAAGGACUGGUGCUUGAUGGACGUGUCCGUUCCCUUCGCGACAACCUCAGCAAGCAGUGGUCGGAGCUUCUGUACAACGGCUUGUACUUCAGCCCCGAGAGGGCGUUCCUUCAGCCUUCUCUCGACUUCGCCCAGGAGCGUGUCAACGGCGAGGUCCGUCUUCGUCUUUACAAGGGCAACGCGUACGUUCUUGGCCGUACUUCCCAGGAGAAGCUCUACUCCGAGGAGGACGCGUCCAUGGACUCGCUCACUACCUUUGAUCCUUCCGAGACGUCUGGUUUCAUCACGAUUGCUGCCAUUCGCCUCAAGAAGUAUGGUCUUCAGGUGGCCGAGGCUGGUCUCGAGCUCUAA